AUGAAAACCAUGGCAGACAGAUACAUCCCACCGGCGCUCCGUAAACGGACUCUGGGGGACCAAGAGCCUGGGAACAACACGGUUACAUACCAUGUGUCCGACAUUGAAGCGCAUUUCGGCUACCAUCGAGAAGAUGACCGCGGUACCAACUUAUUAAGAAAGAGUGGGACUCUCAACGCCGCAAAAGACGACCAGGAUGCCCUCGCGUACAUCAUGGUUUACAAGGAUGCGCAACCCUUUUGGGCUACCAAGAACGAAGUGUUAUGCAAGGCAAACCUCGAUCUUCUUCCCGGAGCAGCCACUCUCGCUGGUAAUGGCGACGCUGAAAACGUGACCUAUACGGCUUCAUUCCCUGUGUUUGUCCAAGAUGACGUGCCAGGUAAUCCACGCGCAAAUAUCAGAUUUUGCGGCUACUACGGCAUCGUGUCAAUCCGAUAUCUUGAGCCGCAUUCCGACAAAUUGGUCAACUAUAUGAAAACCAAGUUUGCAAAGCGAGAACCAAAGCCUCAAGGGUGGAAUGCGAGCUUGAGGGCUAAAUGGGGGGUCAUCACCAUGGGCUGA